UAUAAACGUAUAUCAAGUGGUUCAGCCGAUGCUUUAAAAUGUCGCAGAAAAAAUAACAGAAAACGGAAGCGAACAAGCAAUUAUCAAUUUCAACAUCAAAAUCGCAUGAAAACCAUUUGUUUCUAUUACAUAAGAAAGUAUUUCUGGAAAUACAAAUCAAAUGCUAAAAAGAGGAUAAAAGAAAAAUACAAUUUUGAUAUGAACCUUGAAGUGAACAGUUUUACAAAAAUCAACACAUUUGAUGAGAGCUACAUCGGGGUUGGUACAGUAACGAGCAGGGCUCAAACUAAAGCAGCGAAUCGGGAGGACGGGUCUUUUUCUAAACUUGACGUGAAGCGAGCACUAAACUACGCUCUAAAUACAGGAAAGAUAAGAAAGUUAAGAAAACAAAAUGUUGGCAGAGAGAGAAAGCCACCAAUAAAUGUCUUCCUAAAUUUUAUACGAGACUGCAACGAGGUAAAUAUAGAGAAUGGAGAAUAGGUUUUGAUAAACAGCAUCAUCGGUGACGACAGAAAAGGGGA